GGCUCGGCUGGUUCCGGGUUGAGAGGCUGCGCUCGGACCGGAGCAGUGGCCGCUGAGCCGGUAGGGGUCCUGCUUCUCCGGGCCUGCUCCCCGCACCCAUCCCUAGGUGCUGCCCCCGACAGCGUCGCGCUCUCCAGCCGGCCCCCUGCAUCUCUGGGGACCCUCUCCGCCGUCCCCGGCGCCAUGGCGUGCAGCCUCAAGGACGAGCUGCUCUGCUCUAUCUGUCUGAGCAUCUACCAGGACCCGGUGAGCCUGGGCUGCGAGCACUACUUCUGCCGCCGCUGCAUCACCGAGCACUGGGUGAGGCAGGAGGCUCAGGGCGCCCGCGACUGCCCCGAGUGCCGGCGCACGUUUGCCGAGCCCGCGCUCGCGCCCAGCCUCAAGCUGGCCAACAUCGUGGAGCGCUACAGCGCCUUCCCGCUGGACGCCAUCCUCAGUGCACGCCGUGCCGCGCGACCCUGCCAGGCACACGACAAGGUCAAGCUCUUCUGCCUCACGGACCGCGCGCUGCUCUGCUUUUUCUGCGAUGAACCCGCGCUGCACGAGCAGCACCAGGUCACGGGCAUCGAUGACGCCUUCGAAGAGUUGCAGAGGGAGCUGAAGGAGCAGCUUCAGGCCCUUCAGGACAGUGAGCGGGAGCACACGGAGGCGCUGCAGCUGCUCAAGAGGCAGCUGGCGGAGACCAAGUCUUCCACCAAAAGCCUGCGGACCACCAUUGGGGAGGUCUUUGAGCGGCUGCACCGGCUGCUGCGGGAACGGCAGAAGGCCAUGCUGGAGGAGCUAGAGGUAGACACGGCCCGCACACUGACUGACAUCGAGCAGAAAGUCCAGCGCUACAGCCAGCAGCUGCGCAAGGUGCAGGAGGGGGCCCAGAUCCUGCAGGAGCGGCUGGCUGAAACUGACCGGCACACCUUCCUGGCCGGGGUGGCCUCGCUGUCUGAGCGGCUCAAAGGGAAAAUCCAUGAGACCAAUCUGACCUACGAAGACUUCCCAACCUCCAAGUACACAGGCCCCCUGCAGUACACCAUCUGGAAGUCCCUGUUCCAGGACAUCCACCCAGUGCCAGCCGCCCUGACCCUGGACCCGGGCACCGCCCACCAGCGCCUCAUCCUGUCCGACGACUGCACCAUCGUGGCCUACGGCAACCUGCACCCACAGCCGCUGCAGGACUCACCGAAGCGCUUCGAUGUGGAGGUGUCGGUGCUGGGCUCUGAGGCCUUCAGUGGCGGCGUCCACUACUGGGAGGUGGUGGUGGCGGAGAAGACCCAGUGGGUGAUCGGGCUGGCACACGAAGCCGCGAGCCGUAAGGGCAGCAUCCAGAUCCAGCCUAGCCGCGGCUUCUACUGCAUCGUCAUGCACGACGGCAACCAGUACAGCGCCUGCACCGAGCCCUGGACGCGGCUCAACGUCCGCGACAAGCUCGACAAGGUGGGCGUCUUCCUGGACUACGACCAAGGCCUGCUCAUCUUCUAUAACGCCGAUGACAUGUCUUGGCUGUACACCUUCCGCGAGAAGUUCCCCGGCAAGCUCUGCUCCUACUUCAGCCCCGGGCAGAGCCACGCCAAUGGCAAGAACGUGCAGCCGCUGCGGAUCAACACGGUCCGCAUCUAGUGCUGCGGAGGGAGACCGCAGGCCUGAGCAUGGCCACCAGCGAGAGCCCUGCCCCGGAGAGCGGAGGCCGGGACUCCAGCCCAGCCGGGCCAACCUGAGAUCUCAGGCCAGUUGUUUACCCUCAUUUCCCUGUCUGUAAAAUGGAGGUUGUGCUCCACGAUUCCGAAGCUCUUCCAGCACUGAUGUUCUGUAGCUCUGACCUUACUGGGGAUGCAGCUUUGGUCCAAGGGUGUGACAUGGCUUCUCCUCAGGGCAGCCCCUGCCCAACCCUCAUCCCCCUCCUCUCAGGGGCAGGGGACUGCGUCCCUAUGUCUCCCUCCUGCCCACAUGCCCUAAGCUCAGGAUGUAUCAGUUGUUGUCAGCAGUUGGCUGCCUGAAAGAGACACAGAACCCUCUUAUGCUUCCAGGCCUAAGACUUGCCCCUGAUCAAGCUAGUGAUGGGCCGUUUUAGCCUCAAUCCCAGCCCACAGUGGACACAGGCGGUAGCUAAUCCCAGGGUUGCCUGAGAACCACCUACUCCUUCCAUCCCUGUACCAAGAGCUUCAUGACUUUCCCACUUAUCUGCAGGUAGAAAUGAAGUUGUGGCCUGUGGAAGCCACAGGCACAGGCCGUGUGAGCCCAAGGCACUCACGUCAGAACUUACCAGCCAGGGAAGACUGUCAGUAGUUAAGCCCACAUGUUACAGUCACUGUGCCACCACCUUCCUGCCCACAGGUCUUAAGGCCAGAUAAUGGCACACCCCGACGUAGGACAAGCAUCACUGGAUGGUGGAGGUCCCCAGCAGCUCCAAACAAGGGUCCAGCCAGGCCUCUGUGACCAGGCUAGGGUGUAGCGAGGCUGUGGGGAGCAGUAUUUUAGUCAGGCUCUGAGCACUGGGGUGGGUGUCAGCUGGGCCCCCCUCAUCAAUCUUGGCAUCUGUCUCAGUUGGGAUCCUGUUGCAGAAAACAAGAGCUGCUUUAGCUUUAGACAAGGAUUUAUUACCAGGUCCCUAGUGGCUUUGUAAAAUCAUUGGAAGGGCUGGAGGAGCAGACUCUGCUGAAUUUCCAGGAACAGCUCCCAGCCGCCAAAUUCAUCAUGUCUGUUGUGACCAGGAACACUGCUCCCAUCUGCAGGAAGCCCCUGCAUCAAGAAGCCGCUGGCUGCAGAACUGCGCUGACUCUGCUACUGUCCGCACCAGUCAGUGGCUGUCCUGAGGGCGGCCGCCUCCCAUUCAAUUCAAUGUCCAGAUCCAAAUGUCUACGAGGGGGGGGCCUCCCUGGUGGCGCAGUGGUUGAGAGUCCGCCUGCUGAUGCAGGAGACACAGGUUCGUGCCCCAGUCCGGGAAGAUCCCACAUGCCGCAGAGCGGCUGGGCCUGUGAGCCAUGGCCGCUGAGCCUGCGCGUCCGGAGCCUGUGCUCCGAAAAAAAAAAAACACAAAAAAACAAAUGUCUACGAGGGAUUCUGUGUGGGGAAACUUAAGUCAGAUCCAGAACCUGGGCUGCAAGGGAGUCUGGGAAAUGUACUUUUCUUCUUUCCAGCCUCAUCCGUACAAAAAGGCACAAUAGAAGAAAGUUAGAAUGGAUGUUGAACAAGCCCACCUUCAGUUUUUUCCAUUGGAAUCCACCUCUAGGCCUUGGCUUUGAAGCAGCAGAGCCUCUAGUUGUCCUGCUCCGUGGCUUUGUCCUUGUCCAGGACAGGAGCCCCAGGAGCGGGCCUGCAGGACCAAGCUGAAAUGUCUCCGAGGCCUUAACUUUUCUUUCUAGUCCUGGGGCCUAGAUUCUGAACUUGGGGUCUCUGACCACACCCAUCUCAAAGGAGCCAGACUAGCUGAACUUGGGGGGCUCCCACCUCACAACUGCUGCCCACUGGGGCCUCCCUUGGGCAGGAGGAAUCCUCGGUCUCACCCCACCCAUUCAGCUACCAGAAUCUGGGCCACCCCCAGCAGUAUUUUUAUUUUAAAUGUUGCCCAUUUUGUGAGUUAUGAUGAAUUUGUAUUAAAUUAAAGUUACAGGCUGUGAGCGGUCAGUUCCAUUCAUUUUGACACACACAGAGGCCCAUCUAUCCUGGCCCAGGCAGCAUACAUACAUCAGCAUAGCUAAACCACAAAGCAACCCUACCAGGUAGAUAGUAAGUAUUAUGCCCAUUUUACAGAGGGGGAAAAAUGAGGUUCAUAGAGAGGCCAUGACUUGCCUACAGUCCCAUGUCCCACACCUGGUAAGUGAGUUUAGAACUGAGUGAGCCCAAGGCACUCACGUCAGAACUUACCAGCCAGGGAAGACUGUCAGUCUUUGCCUGGAGGAGGGCGUGGUGGUAGCCUUGGGAGCAGACAGAGGGGAGAUUAUGAGACAGUGGCAAGAGCCUAGUCACUGGAACCCCACAGACCUAGGCUUAAAUCCAGGCUCCGUCACUGGGUGCCUUUAGAGAAAUGACUUAACCUCUCUGGACCUCAGUUUUCUCACAUGGAAAAUGGGGAUAAUAAUCACACCAAUCUCACAUAAUUUUUGCUCAGUGGCUCUGUCCUCUGGAGGAGAAGCUGCAAAGUGCAGUGCACUUAGGGAGGACCUGCGUCUCACACCAGCUGCCACCCAGAAUCAGUGCCUGGAACUGUGUGGGUUUUCUGAACCUCUGGGCUGGCUCUGCCCCUAAGCAGUCUAUCUUCUUCCUUGUGCCUUGUGAGGGGUGUGGGACCACCUAGGCCAGGAAGGUCCCCAGGUCUGCUGUGUUGAAGGAGGUCCAUCCCACCUCUGACUCACAGGGAAGCAGCCUGGCCAGGAGACAGGGCCCUGCAUGUGGACACAAAGGCUGUUCACACAGCAAGUAGAAAGGCCACUGGGACCCCCUGCAGUUGUGCACUGCAGCAGCCUUGGAAACAGGACUCCAGGGCCUAGUCUUUGUUCUGUGCUGACUCAUUUUGUACCGUGAGGGUCCCUUCCACAAUCUCCUCACCUGCAGAAUGAGGGAGGUUAUACUGGAUGCUCUCUGAGGUGGACCUUCACCUAUACCAGGAGGCGGGGAAGGGAAGAGAGGGAACUACCCCAGUCAUUGAUUUGUUUGCAGUUCUAAGAAGAGGGACAUGAACAAGGAGGAGGAGGGGCCAUUGGCAAGGGCAGAGGGAGAGGUCUCUGAUUGGCUGAUGGAGGACACCCCAGUUCACAGAGAAGUUGUAGGGGUUGAUACUGGAACUAGAGUAUCUCCACCCCCCAGCUCCAUGCUCUCAGAUCCCUGUGACUCCCCCAAAGCCACAUCCCUCUAUUUUUGCUCAGUGGAUCUGUCCUCUGAAGGAGAAGCACCCCAUCCACGCUCCUUCCUUCGCCUUCCCCCACUCAGUCUCAGCACCAGGUCCAAGAAAGGCUGGUCGCUGCCCAGUCUUCACUCCCAGUUUCCAAGUGUCUGGGAGUAACUGUAGGGGCCUAAUCUGAACACACAACUGGGAACUCUGGGAAAUCAGGGUACCUCUAAGAGGUAUGAAGUGUCCAGAGAAAUCCUGAAUGAAAGAAUCUGGGAUUAUCAGGCUAAUACCAGGAACCUCACAUUUAACAGGUAAGCAAAGAGGGGAGGUAAAGGCAGCACAGCCUUGGAGAGGAAGGAGGGAUCAGGAGAGAUCUUCCCCAGGGCAGGAAAGAAUUGAUAGAAUGACAGAAACCCCCAUUUGCAUCCCUGUUUGUGGUCAGCAAGCAAAGCGCUGGCACUUCUUGCACCUUCUCUAACAUCAAGACAAGCCCAUGAGGUUGAUAUCAUUAUCUCAGUGUUUGAGCUGGGAAACACUACUUGCCUGGGAACCCACAGCCAGUACUCAGCAGAGCUGGAAAUCAGACCCAAGCCUGUCCAAAGCUGAAGCCCAGUUCUUCACUUACCUCCCUGGAAAUGCUUUUCAACUUCGAAGACCGCUUCAGUGACAGGCAGCAGCCACCAGAACUGUGAUCCCCCUGGGAUUCAAGGUGGGAGCUUAACCCAGGCUCCACACCAUUGAAUUACACAAUUGUACCAGGCUCUGCUACCUUAACAAGCCCAUAUGGGGGCAGAGCUAGUGUUUGUUAUUUCGAUUAAGAUUACUUCGUCUAUUUAAUGUAAAGAACUUUUGAAAGAUUGGCCUUACUUCCGUUGUCCUUUUUUCAUAAUAGAAGCCUGUCAACAAUGGUAUGCCUGUUGGUGCUAGCCUUCCAAUAUUCAGCAAAGAUUUAGUAAAAGGCAGAGCUUUAAAUGGGCCUCCUAGUUUUUGAAGAUCUUGCUCAUCGUUUUAAUUAUGAAUACUGGAGGCAGAGCCUGACUAAUAUAGCUUUAAAGAUUGCUCAUGUACAGACAUUUUAAAAUGUUAGGUAUAGUUGAUUCAUGCCAAUAGUUAAGAUUAUUAAACCUAGUUGUCAUGAGGUUGA